AUGUGGUUCGGUAUGAUUGGUGGAUUCCUGUUCAUUCUGAUCCAGUUAAUCUUGAUUGUGGACUUUGCCCAUGGUCUAGCCGAGAGCUGGGUAGAGAAAUAUGAAGAAGAUGAAUCGCGUUGCUGCUAUGCCGGCCUGCUCUUCUUCACAUUCGGUUGUUAUGCUGUAGUAGGAGUAGGAGUUCUGCUCAUGUUUCUAUUUUACACCACGGUUAGUUUAAAUCAAGCGAAUCAAGCAGGAUUUCCAACGCCAGUUCGGCUUGGGGGUCAUUUUGGCAGCUAUGCUGCUUCCCGGUGA